AAUAACGAUGUACGCACUGUUAUGUUGUACGGAGUCCCCAUUGUGGCUCUUGUUAUCGAAGGGUAUGAAAGACUUUGCCUGGCACAAAUAUCAAAUACUUUACUCAAAAGUUUCAGUUACAAUGAAAUCCAUAACAGGAGAGUUGCCCUGGGGAUAACAUGCGUUCAGUGCACCCCUGUGCAACUGGAACUGCUACGAAGAGCCGGAGCAAUGCCCGUCUCUUCUCGCAGAUGCGGCCUGAUAACUAAACGGGAAGCCGAAAGACUAUGCAAGAGUUUUCUGGCUGACACAAAACCACCCAAGCUCCCGGAUAACUUCGCUUUCGAUGUGGUCCACCAGUGUGCCUGGGGAUGCAGGGGGUCUUUCGUUCCUUCCCGGUAUAAUAGUUCCAGAGCCAAGUGCAUCAAGUGCACCUUCUGUGGUCUAUUCUUCUCCCCCAACAAAUUCAUUUUCCACUCCCACCGACUGCCAGAUUCGAAGUACGUUCAGCCAGACGCUGCCAACUUCAAUUCCUGGAGACGUCACAUCAAGUUAGGAGGCAAUCCGCCAGACGAGGUCGUCUAUGCUUGGGAGGACGUCAAAGCCAUGUUCAACGGCGGCUCCAGAAAAAGGGUCUUGAGCUGUGCCAGCGUUUCGAACAGCAGUGGACGACACGGGGAUGGAAGCAAGAGACCACGGAAUCCUACGAGGCCCGACUCUGUUCCUAGCAGUUCAGAAGCAGCGGUGCAUACAAAACCACCAUAUUUUCCAGUAGUUCCUUUGCCGAAUAAAGGCUUCUCACUAGCGCCAGCCGCCGCACCUUUUGUUCCUCCUACGGGGCCAACACCCUUUGGUAUGGCCACAGGAAAAUCGUUGUCUCCAGCGGACAUUCGACAGACUUUUGCUGAGUACAUGUGGGCCGGCAAGCAACCUUUCCCCCUACCUUUUGGAGGAGUGCUCUGGCCCAGACCUGGAGGCAUAGUGCCGCCAGCUCCAACAGUAGAACUGCGGGAAGCCAGAAGCGUUCCAGAACCUUCGAUGCCCUAUAGUUUGGCAGAUACUACUACACUAGCCGACACAGGUCGACCCCUCUCUUCUGCGAGCGAAGGCACGUCCCUCUCCUUUCCGGACCACGACAGUCCGGGUAGCCCUCUGCGAUCGACUCCGGCACAUACUUCUGCCUUCCGGCCCGUGGGUCGCCGGUCGCCCCCGAGGAUCGACUCGGACGCUGACACCACCACUGCGUAUGGAGGGGGCACGGAGCGCCGGUGCGGCAGCUGCUGUGGCAUGUCGUCCGGCGAUGAGGUGGAUGUAACGGACAUCAGCAACGACGGUGAGUCGGCGAGCGCUGCAUCGGCACCCGUCGAUGAGCUGACGACAGCGGCCGUGCCGGACACGAGCGCCGAAAGCACGGCCGCCCGCAAAGCGGAAAAAUUGGAAGCAGCUGAUAGUCCAGAUAGUAAGCAUGGUGGCAAGUCAGACGAUUCUCCACUUCUGGAUUCUCAACGAUUUUCAUCCCUUAGUAAAGGUACGCGCAAAGAUGAACUGAAGGAAGUUCUUUUACAAGAAGCCGAAGCUCGCAGACGAGCAGAGAGAGAGUAUCAAGCAAUAAGAGACACGUUCGAAGAGCAAGUUCGGAAAGAAAUCGCCUACCGAGAAGAGGUAGCAAAGCAGUUGCAAAUCGUCCGAGGUAAAUAUUUUAUCAAGCCCACGAUGCCCUGCACCAUUUCAGCUGCAAGAUGUUGGCUUCGCGGCACUGCACCGAGUGCGGAUACAAGCCGACUUUACCCGAGUGACCCCUCCCCUCCCACCUUCGAACCUCUGCCACGUGACACCGGUGCGCACCACUACCAUAUCGCGAAACCACAAAUGGACUAUCUGUAGAACUUUUCUUUCCUGACGAGCGGUCCCGGACGCCAACGAAACGUAGAAUCGAUUUAAAAGACUCUUGCCAGAGACGAACCAAAAGAAAAGAGAUUUUUUUUUCUGUAAAAAAAUAAGUAUAGAGAAUAUAGCUGUGAUUAUACAGUAUAGAUUCAUGUAAAAAGCAAGACAAGCUCCAUCAG